GAAAAUAAAAUAAAAAGAAUUAAUAAUUACAAAUUAAAAAAUGAAAAAUGAAAAAAGAGACCAGAAGAAACCAACGGCCAUCUCUGUUUCACACAGCGCUCUGAGACUGAACAAAAGAGUUCAACUUGACGGAAAAAAAGAAUUAUUGGAAGAUGUCUUCAGUAGUGAAAAACAUGGUGAUAAGACACACAAACGAUGUACAUGCUCAAAGACUACUACUAGUGUUGAAGGAAAAGUGUGUUGAUCAGAUUGAUGUUGUUAGAGGGAACCGUACUGCGUCGUUUCAUGUGAGCCAGUGGUCCGGUAAAGUGCGAGUCACUCGUUGUCAGGACUCGCAAAGCAAUACAAAUGGAUUCGCCUUUGGCGCCACAAAGUCCAAGAGACGCGAGCCACCACUUCGGACCCGGUCUCGCUCGCAAGCCAUUCUCACCCCACUAUCUGACCCGACACCAACCACCAAAAAGAGAGUAUUUACUUUUGGCAAAGGAAAGAGUGAAGGCAACAAAGGCAUGAAGUCCUUGUUGGGAGGUAAAGGAGCAAACUUGGCAGAAAUGGCAAGCAUUGGGCUGUCAGUGCCACCAGGGCUUACAAUAUCAACAGAAGCAUGCCAAGAGUAUCAACAGAAUGGCAAGAAGCUACCUGAUGGACUGUGGGACGAGAUAACGGAAGGUUUGAAGAGUGUGGAGAAGGAUAUGGGGGCUUUCCUUGGCGAUCCGGCCAAGCCACUCCUCCUCUCUGUUCGCUCUGGUGCUGCGAUAUCUAUGCCUGGUAUGAUGGACACUGUGCUCAACCUUGGACUAAACGAUGAAGUGGUUGCUGGUUUGGCUGCAAAAAGUGGAGAGCGGUUUGCAUAUGAUUCAUACAGACGGUUUUUGGACAUGUUCGGAGACGUUGUAAUGGGAAUUUCACACUCAUUAUUUGAGGAAAAGUUAGAAAAGUUGAAAAAUGAGAAAGGAGUGGGGCUUGAUACCGAUUUAAAAGCCUCUGAUCUUAAAGAGCUGGUGAAACAAUAUAAGAGUGUCUACCUGGAAGCUAAGGGUGAAAAGUUUCCCUCAGACCCAAAGCAGCAGCUACAGUUGGCUGUCAACGCGGUAUUUAAUUCCUGGGAUAGCCCCAGGGCCAUUAAAUAUAGGAACAUUAACCAGAUAACUGGGUUAAAAGGAACUGCAGUGAACAUUCAAUGCAUGGUGUUUGGGAACAUGGGAAACACAUCAGGAACUGGUGUUCUGUUCACUAGGAACCCAAGCACUGGUGAAAAGAAGCUCUAUGGGGAGUUUCUGAUCAAUGCUCAGGGAGAGGACGUUGUUGCUGGAAUUAGAACUCCGGAGGACUUGGACACUAUGAAGAGUUGCAUGCCUGAAGCUUACAAAGAGCUUGUGGAGAAUUGUGAAAUUUUGGAGCGACAUUACAAAGAUAUGAUGGAUAUAGAGUUUACUGUUCAGGAGAAUAGGCUCUGGAUGCUGCAAUGCCGAGCAGGCAAGCGCACAGGUCAUGGUGCAGUGAAGAUUGCUGUGGACAUGGUUAAUGAAGGGCUCGUGGACACUCGUACAGUAGUUAAGAUGGUGGAGCCACAGCAUCUUGACCAACUGCUUCAUCCACAGUUUGAGAAUCCUUCUGCUUACAAAGACCAAGUGAUCGCUAUGGGCUUGCCUGCAUCUCCUGGAGCAGCUGUGGGGCAGGUUGUAUUCAGCGCUAACGAUGCUGAAACAUGGCAUGCACAGGGAAAGACUGUCAUCUUGGUACGGACAGAAACCAGUCCAGAGGAUGUUGGUGGUAUGCAUGCUGCCACUGGAAUAUUGACAGCUAGAGGCGGCAUGACAUCUCAUGCAGCUGUUGUAGCCCGUGGGUGGGGAAAGUGUUGCGUUUCAGGUUGUGCGGAGAUUCGUGUGAAUGAAGCUGUGAAGGUCGUUGAUUGUGGAGGCAAGGUUAUCAGGGAAGGUGACUGGCUUUCACUCAACGGAUCUACAGGAGAAGUGAUCUUGGGUAAACAGCCACUCUCUCCUCCAACUCUAAGUGGUGAUUUGGAGAUUUUCAUGUCUUGGGCUGAUAAAAUAAGGCGUCUCAAGGUUAUGGCAAAUGCUGACACACCUGAAGACGCACUAACAGCACGAGAAAAUGGUGCUCAAGGAAUUGGACUUUGUCGAACGGAGCACAUGUUCUUUGCUUCUGAUGAGAGGCUAAAGGCCGUGAGAAAGAUGAUAAUGGCAGUUACGGUCGAACAGAGGAAGGCAGCACUAAAUGUGCUGUUGCCUUAUCAACGAGCUGAUUUUGAAGGCAUUUUCCGUGCAAUGGAUGGUCUUCCCGUGACAAUCCGACUGUUAGACCCUCCACUCCAUGAAUUUCUACCAGAAGGUGACUUAGAGCAGAUUGUUGGUGAACUAACUGCAGAAAGUGGCAUGAGUGAAGAUGAUGUAUACUCAAGAAUUGAGAAAUUAUCAGAAGUAAAUCCCAUGCUUGGUUUCCGUGGCUGCAGGCUGGGGAUAUCGUACCCAGAGCUAACUGAAAUGCAGGUACGUGCAAUCUUGCAGGCUGCUGUGUGUAUGAGCAACCAGGGUGUUACUGUCUAUCCCGAGAUAAUGGUUCCCCUUGUUGGAACACCGCAGGAACUAGGACAUCAAGUGAAUUUAAUUCGCAGUGUUGCAAAAAAAGUAUUUUCGGAGAUGGGUACCUCCUUGAGCUAUAAAGUGGGGACCAUGAUUGAGAUUCCUCGAGCUGCUCUUGUUGCAGAUGAGAUUGCGAAAGAAGCAGAGUUCUUCUCUUUUGGCACCAAUGAUCUCACCCAAAUGACAUUUGGGUACAGUAGAGAUGAUGUUGGCAAGUUUCUCCCUAUAUACCUAUCCAAAGGCAUUCUCCAAAAUGAUCCAUUCGAGGUUCUUGAUCAGAAAGGUGUGGGCCAACUUAUCAAGAUUGCCACGGAAAGGGGUCGCAGAGCAAGGCCUAGCUUGAAGGUUGGAAUAUGUGGAGAGCAUGGAGGGGAGCCUUCUUCUGUUGCAUUUUUUGCAGAGGCUGGACUGGACUAUGUCUCGUGUUCUCCGUUCAGGGUGCCUAUUGCUAGGCUAGCUGCAGCUCAAGUUGCUGUGUGAUAGACUGGUCUGCAAGAAAAUUUGAGAAGUGGACUAUCUCGAACACCUCUCUGCGACUUUGUGCAGUUGUAAAUAAAUAACCUUGUUAAUAGAAAAGUCACAUUCACAUAGUAAAAGGGUGGAAUACUAGUGUUUAAUGUUAUAGAAGUGAAGUCUAUAGUGAAAAUCCUCAUGUUGAGAGAUACUGUAUCUGAAAUUUAUGUACUGUAGACAUUCUCUAUCUAUAUAUGUUUUUGUUUCCAAUAAAUUUCCAAAACACAGUGUUCUUUCGAUAAUUGGAUUCUAUUUCUUUUUCUCAUUUGGAUGAGCAAUCUUACAUGAAUUUUGUGUUCUUAUCGAGAAAUUAUUGUACAUGACUGUCCAUACACCUCAAAUUAAGGGACAUUGUGAUUUUAGUAUUGAUGAUGGAUUUAUGUUAAGUCAUGUGAAUAUAUAGUAGUGUUUGAAAAAGAAAAACCAGAGCCAUAGUAGGUGAAAAGUUGAGAUUUUGUUAGAUGGGACAACACUAUUUCUUUAAAUAUUAUAAUUGUAAUAGUUUUAAGAUUGGGAUGUAAAUUUGAGAGGAGGAUUGUAUUAUUUGAUUUUAUUAGUGGAGAUUUGUCAGCUGUAUCAAUAGUUGGAAACGUACUUUGUUGAGUGGAUAGUUAUUGGUUGUGAAUUCUCCCUAUACAUUGAACCUUUUGGUGCUAUUACUAGUUGAUUUCUCUAAUUCACAGUUUAAUUGUAUCUGUAACCUAACAAAGUAGUACAAGAGCUAGGUGCCCCACAAAUGAAAUCAGAAACAUAGAGUUGUUGCAAAAAUAACAUUAAAAAAAAAAAAAAAAAAAAAAAAA